GUCCCAGGGGGCGGCGCGGGGAAGCGAGGCGGCCAAUCCGCCAGUUGGACUGACUGGGGAGCGUCGAGAGGGAAGCAGGCGGACUCCCGGCAGCCAGAGGCGGAUCAGCUCGGCACCUGUGGCGGCUACAGCCGAGUUUCUUGAGCAAGUCGCUGGGGCUGCUGUGUGAUGCCACCGCCCGGGCAGGAGCGGGUGUUGCCUGUGCUGGGGGCGCGUUGCAGAACCCUCUACCCCUUCUCCGGGGAGCGGCAUCGGCACGGACUGCGCUUCGCUGCGGGCGAGCUGCUCACCGUACUCCAGGCGGGGCCGGACGGCGGCUGGUGGGAAGGGGAGACGGCCGAAGGGCUGAGGGGAUGGUUCCCGGCCAGCUACGUCCAGCUCAUUGAGAAGCCUAGGAAGGUCAUUCCUCAAGUUGGAGAAGAUUCUCAAAAUGGUCAUCUUCCACCUGGCUGGCAAAGUUAUAUGUCCCCUCAGGGGCGAAGAUACUAUGUGAACACCUUCACCAACGAGACUACUUGGGAGCGACCAAGCAGUGUUCCGGGAACUCCAAAGAAUUCGGUGAGCCAGAAGAACUCCUUGCCUACAGUGAACGGAUAUCACAUACCAGGCACGUUGGCAUCCCAGCUAGAGCCAAGCCACAUGAGUCUCCGCAAAAUCAGCAGUGACCCUCAGAGUCCUGGGUCUCCAUCACCUACUCGAAAGCAGAAUAAGGAGAACACCUUUACGAUAAAUUGUGUGACUUUUCCCCAUCCUGACACAAUGCCAGAACAGCAGUUGCUAAAACCUUCUGAAUGGAGCUACUGUGAUUAUUUCUGGACUGAUAAGAAGGACCCCCAAGGGAACAGUACAGUCUCGGGAUUCGAAAUUCUUUUGCAGAAACAACUGAAAGGGAAGCAAAUGCAGAAAGAAAUGGCAGAGUUUAUUCGAGAAAGAAUAAAAAUUGAAGAAGAAUAUGCCAAGAACCUAUCUAAACUAUCACAGAACUCCCUGGCUGCCCAGGAAGAAGGGACACUCGGUGAAUCUUGGUCUCAGCUAAAAAAAAGCAUGGCUGAUGAAGCAGAGGUUCAUCUUAAAUUUUCCUCUAAGCUCCAGGCAGAAGUGGAGAAACCACUACUCAACUUCCGUGAAAACUUCAAGAAAGAUAUGAAAAAGUAUGACCAUCAUAUUGCUGAUUUGCGAAAACAGCUGGUUAGUAGAUAUGCAGCAGUGGAAAAGGCUCGAAAAGCAUUAACAGAGAGGCAAAAGGAUUUAGAGAUGAAAACACAGCAGUUGGAGAUAAAACUGAGCAACAAGACAGAAGAGGAAAUUAAAAAGGCCAGGCGGAAGUCUACUCAAGCUGGAGAUGAUCUCAUGCGUUGUGUGGAUUUGUAUAACCAAGCUCAGUCAAAAUGGUUUGAAGAAAUGGUAACCACCUCUCUGGAACUCGAGAGGCUAGAAGUCGAGAGGGUGGAAAUGAUUCGGCAGCACCUUUGCCAAUAUACACAGUUGCGACACGAGACAGACAUGUUCAACCAAAGUACAGUGGAACCUGUGGAUCAGUUGCUUCAGAAAGUGGAUCCAGCCAAAGACAGAGAACUGUGGGUAAAAGAACACAAAACCGGUAACAUCAGACCUGUGGAUAUGGAGAUAUAGACUUCCGUGACCAGGUGGGCUUUUGAGUCCACCCAGUUCGAGGGAUUUCCAUAAAGCUUCAAGAGGAGGAACAGGAGAGAUGUUCCACUGUCAGCUUCCAUAUCUAUUUAUUAUUGUCUGUAGGGACUAUUUCUGUCAUGUUUGAUCAUUAUUCCAUUCCUAUAGUGCUAUGCCUUAAACAUCCAACAUUCCAGGGUUGAGAAGCUACUCUUUUUCCUUCUUUUUGAAACUGGCUCCUAGAAGCCAAGCACGUGCAGCUCCUAUGAUCAAUGGCUGGGUCUGUUUGCUGGUACAAAAAGAAUCUUGCUAUUCUGUGGUUAUCUAUUUUGUGCUACUCCCCUUGCAUGAUGCUCUGUUUUGUACCGUAAUGUUAA